UUGGGUUUAUCCUUCUUUAAAAGGGAGAUAUAGAAUUAUAGAUCAAGAGAGGGAAAAAAGAGAGAGAAAAAAGAAAAGGGUCUAUUAUAUAAUUGUGAGGAGUUGAUUUAUGGAAGAACAUCUCAACACAUUAGCUGUUACUCAUCUCCUUCAACACACUCUCAGAAGUUUAUGCAUUCAUGAAAACUCUCAGUGGGUUUAUGCAGUCUUUUGGAGGAUCUUGCCUAGAAAUUAUCCACCACCCAAAUGGGAUGGUCAAGGAGCUUAUGAUAGGUCAAGAGGAAACAGAAGAAACUGGAUAUUGGUUUGGGAAGACGGUUUCUGCAACUUUGCAGCCUCAACUGCAGAGAUCAAUACUGGGGAUUGUGCAGCCUCCUCGGCUUAUGGGAAUUGUGAAUUUCAACACUAUCAAGGGCUGCAACCAGAGCUCUUCUUUAAGAUGUCCCAUGAAAUUUACAACUAUGGAGAAGGUUUGAUAGGAAAAGUUGCUGCUGAUCACAGUCAUAAGUGGAUAUACAAAGAACCAAAUGACCAAGAGAUCAACUUCUUGUCAGCAUGGCAUAACUCAGCAGACUCACAUCCAAGGACAUGGGAAGCCCAGUUCCAGUCUGGUAUAAAGACCAUAGCCCUGAUUGCUGUUAGAGAAGGUGUUGUCCAAUUGGGAGCUGUACACAAGGUAAUAGAAGACCUGAGCUAUGUUGUUCUACUGAGAAAGAAGUUUAGCUACAUAGAGAGCAUUCCUGGAGUGCUCUUGCCGCAUCCAUCGUCUUCAGCAUAUCCUUUCAAGGUAGAUGGUUAUAAUUAUGGAUUAACAGCAGAUAAUAACGCGUGGCACUAUCAACCUACUACCCUUGCACCACCAACUGAAUACUAUGAGCAAUUCCAUCAACCAAUGAAAAUAACUCCAUCAAUGAGCAGCCUUGAAGCCCUUCUCUCAAAGCUGCCAUCAGUGGUGCCGCCAUCGGCUCCUGGGUACUGUGAGUCACAGCAGCCAGUAGUUUUACGGUUUGGAACAACAACGCAAAGGCCGAUGGAGUUGAUCGAAAUGGAGAAAGGGGCCAAAGAAGAGAUGGAUGAUCGUGAAGAUCAGUACAGGGGUCAACAUGAAAUAGGUGAAAGUAGCAGUUCAAUGCCGGGUUAUCAUCGUCAACAUCACUUUCAUUAUUGAGAAUGUUACCUAGAACUAGAAAUCAAGUGAUUGGGUGAUCCUUUAAA